GUACUUGUUGCACAAAAUCUGUCGUGCACCUCCUUAAGCAACCCCCGUCAAGAAACCCCAAGUUAAGCAACCCCAAGAGAAAAUAAGGUGACAUUGGUAACACAUAAAAAACAAAAAAAUCCAUCAACAUCAAGAACUAGUCACAGCCAUGGAAGAAAAAGAUGUGCUUGAGGAGAAGGCACAGGAAGAUGAAUAUGUUGAUGACAAUGAUGAUGAUGAACUCAUGAAGAACAAUUUACCAGUACAGAACCAAUCAAGUUGGUUCACAAAAAUGAUAGCAUUACAAGUAGAGAUCAUCACAACUAUCUUAGUAUCUCUAGUUUCACCCAUUUUCUACAUCAUAUCUUUUGCUAACUCUGACUUCAACUUGCUACGCCCUGAGGAAACUGAAAAGAACGUUGUUGUAGCUGUAAAUGCAGUAGCUACAGUUCCUUCAAAGGUAGUUCAUGGAGGUACUUUGCUUUUAAAGAAAUUUGGGGUUGGAAUUCUUGGAGCUGCUUACGUGGCUAUGGUUUUGACAACGUUGUUGAUUGUGUCAGGGGUUUUGGGAUUUGGGUUGGUGAGGAUGUGGAUGGAAGAACCUGUGGUUUUGAGAGAGAAGUUGUAUUUUGAUUAUGCAGAUGUGAAUCCAAAGGCUGUGUUUUCGUUUGUUGAAUUUGGUGGGGAGAAAGGUGGAGGAAUUGGAGGUUAUGGUCAUAGUGAUAUUGGUGUGCCUGUUGGGCAUACAAUGUAUGUUUCUUUGUUUCUACUCAUGCCUGAAUCUGAUUUCAACAGAGACAUUGGUGUUUUCCAGUUGGUUGCAGAAGCAUUAUCAAAAGAGGGGCUCAUAAUGGCAAGAUCAAGUCAUCCAUGUAUGUUACGUUUCAGAAGCCUGCCAAUCCGUCUCAUGCGAGAAUUUAUGAUGAGUGUACCUCUAGUACUUGGACUUACAGCUGAAACACAAACGAUUACCGUUCCAAUGUUAAAGCACAAGGAAGGUCUGCCUAGAACAGAAGCAAUCAGAAUAACUAUGAUACCUCGAGCUGGAACUUUGGCCCUGCCCCAACUCUAUCAGUCCGAGAUCAUAUUGAAAUCUCGGCCUUCUUGGUAUAAAGACUUGGUUUACAAGUGGAAAUGGACAUUUUCUGUCUGGACCUCAAUGUAUAUAUACGUCACUCUGCUCGUAAUUCUUCUCAACUGGUGCAGACCACUCGUAUUUCCAGGCAUAGCGACAAGCUUUAUGGCUCGCGCUGACGUGGAUUUAACCAUAGAAGAACAGGAAGAACCACAAGAAAAAGGUCAAGAAGAAAGUGAUGUGUCCGAAUCAGUAAGAAGAUGGCGCCAGAGAAGAAGAGAGAGGAAAGAAAUGCUUCAACAAAGUGUCUCACCAGAGCCCCCGGAUGAUGCUGCAUCAAGCAUUUCCAUAACUAGGGAAGACACGGCUGAUUCAAGCGAGUGAAGUGUUUUAGAAAUGAAACUUUUAAGGAUAGAUUUGCGUUUUUAUAAGUCUAGUGACAGGCAGUGCUGUUUCAGCAGUUAAAAAGUUUACAAUGUCAAUUUUGGACAGAGACAGGAGUUUGUAAUUGAAAUAGUUGCAUACUGAGGGUUGCAGAACU